AUGUCGGAAGUUCGGUGUCGUCUAGGAGGGGAGUGGUACCAUGACCAAUUUUCUAACCCCCUCCUCCUUGACUGGCUGAAAAAAUGGCUGGAUCAAGCGAGGGAGCGGAGCACCAAGGGUGUCGUGGCGUAUAAAACCGCGUACGAGUCUCUCAAAGCAUGUCCCAUCACCUUCACACACCCGCAACAGCUCCGCCAGCUCAGAGGCUUCGGCGACAAAUUAUGUGCCCGUCUUACGGACCAGAUGAAGAAACACUGCGAGCAAAAUGGAUUAGCGAUGCCAAGGAGACCGGGUCUCUCUAAAGAAGCUCGUGCUUCCCUCUCUGCUCUGACGGCUUCGGGAACCGCCAACACUGCCGAUGACACGACAGCUACCGGCGGGCCCAGUAGGAAGGCUCGCAAGCCCAAAUCAUAUGUUCCGGCCUAUCGUUCCGGCGCCUAUGCUUUGGUUCUCGCCCUUUCAACGCUCGAGGAAGGAUCGAGGACGGGUCUGACAAAGAACGAGCUCAUUGAGAUAGCCCAGGAUCACUGCGACUCGUCCUUCACUGCGCCGAGCGACACAACCAAGUUCUACACCGCUUGGAACUCUAUGAAGACUCUUUUGGACAAGGAUUUGGUCUAUGAGAAGGGUCGCCCAAUGAGGCGCUACUUCUUGACCGAGGAAGGCUGGGAAGUUGCGAAACGGAUCAAACAGUCCCUGUCAUCAUCAACCAGAGAACCCGGGGCCUCCGAAUCUACGGCGGCAGGGUCUGCCAGGGCGGCAGAUGUAGUGCCCCGCGCCCCGUCGCCGGCGCCGCCGAACGAGAAGGAACGGUCCCCAUCCGUCGAGCCCAUGGAUCCUCCACCCCCUAAGCCGUCCUUCCACAACGUAGUUGUCGACGGAACCGACGACGCAACGGAGGACGGCGCGUUGCCCAACUUCAGCCCGAUCAGGCUGGCACCGGGCACUUUCACGGUACAUCUUCUCCUCGACGUCCGCGAGGUGCGGGCGAAAACGGACCGCGAUUACAUACAGGACGAGCUCGCCAAGAAAGGGGUCAAGCCCAUCGUGCGUGCCCUCGAGGUGGGCGACGUGCAGUGGGUCGCGAAGACGCACGACCCAGCCGCGCUCACGCGCCACGGAGCCGAAGGCGACGAAGUCGUCCUGGACUGGAUCGUGGAGCGGAAACGUCUCGACGAUCUCAUCAGCAGUAUCAAGGAUGGCCGCUUCCAGGAGCAAAAGUUCCGUCUCCGCCGGGCCGGCGUCAAGAACGUCAUCUACGUCGUCGAGGAGAUAUCCAUGGAUUCGACUUACUUCCAAAAAUACGAGGAAUCGGUGCAGUCGGCUUUGGCGUCCAUGCAAGUGGUUAACGGCUACUUCGUCAAGAAGACGCAGAAAAUGGACGACACCAUCCGCUACCUCGCUCGGAUGACCUCGAUGCUGAGGAAACUGUACGAGGAGAAGCCGCUGCUCGUCAUUCCUACCAAGGUGCUCACGGCGCAGAAUUACCUCCCCCUGCUCCGCCACUUGCGGGAGACGCAGCCCGACAGGGACUACCACAUCACCUACCCGGCGUUCGCGUCGCUCGCCUCCAAAUCCGACAUGAUGACGCUCAGGGACGUCUUCUUGAAGAUGCUCAUGACCACCAGGGGUGUCACGGGAGAGAAGGCCCUCGAGAUCCAGAAGCGGUGGAAGACGCCGUACGAGUUGGUCAAGGCGUUCGAAGCAUGCGGGUCGGGAGAGCAAGGACUGAAGAGGAAGCGCGAGAUGAUCUCGAACGGCCUGCCCAGCAUGGUGGCCCGGAAAAAGAUUCCCAAGGCGGUCAGUCAGAAACUGUCUGAGGUUUGGGGAGACACUUCAGUCAGAAACUGUCUGAGGUUUGGGGAGACACUUCAGUCAGAAACUGUCUGA